AUGUCUUUCUAUGGACAGAUGAUCAGCUCCCGCUGCCUUGCACCCUGUGAGGUGACCUGCCCGCAGCCAAUGGUGAAUGCCUGUAGCCAGCCCUGUGUUACAUCCUGUGGAGAUUCAAGAGCUGUGAUCUACCCACCACCUGUUGUCAUGACCUUCCCAGGACCCACCCUCAGCUCCUGCCCUCAGGAGAGCAUCGUGGGCAGCUCAGCACCAGCUGGCUUUGGGAGCUCGUUUGGAUACACGAGCUCUCAGGGUCCCAGGGGCUUCUGUGACUCUGGGAGACCGUACACUUAUGGGAAGUCAUAUUCUUCCUAUGGGUCCAGUGGCUAUGGCACUGGGAGAUGCAGAUCAUGUUAA